ACCGGUCAUGGCGACAUGGGAGGCCAGCGGCGCGCCCAGUUACAAAUCAUUUCCAAGGAAAAAAAAAACAAAUACAGCCCGCCGCCCGGAACGCGCGCCAGCCUCGCCGGCGCCGCAGCCGUCGCCUCUCCGCGCCGACUCUUGGAAGAAAGAAGGCGCCGCGCCUCCUCCUCCUCCUUCGGCCUUCCCCUCCCCAGCGACGACGCCGGAACGCGGACCAUCCUCGCUUCGGCGCACCACGGCCAGCUGUGCAGGUUAAUUGAUCGUCGAUCCCCAUAAGGAGGUUGCUGUAGGAGCAAUCAAGUAGCAUGAAGUUCAGAGUUGUUUGCAGGAAGUUGUAUGAUUAUGUGAGGUAUGAUCUUAAAGAGAUCGCCUUCCCAUCUUCUCUGCCAGACCCUCCGGGCACCAAGAGGCAUCCUAAGCUCACGCUGAAAGAGAAAUGGUGCAUCCUCAAGGAGGCAACCAGGCUCUACGGGGCUUCCUGGGUCAGGGACAUCGGUCCCGAGCUCAGGCCAAAUGAUUACAAGAAGGUCAAAGAGGAGUCUGACCCUAACAGCAGCAAGGCCAAGGAGGGGAAAACUACGAGCGAGCCUAGUCUGCUUGAGGAUCUCGCAGUGGCAGCAAAGGGCGGGGCGGAGACGCUGAAGCCUGCGCUGCGGCGCAUAUACAUGACCCGCGCGUCUACCUACACGAGUGCGGUGAAGAACUAUGUGGAGACCUAUCAGGAAGGGCUGAAGGAUGUCUUGGAUGAGAAAGUUGCUGGGAAGGAUCACCAGCAAGGCAAUGAGCCAAGGGGACCAUCGACGCCGCCUCCAUCACCGCCCCCGCCAUCAUCGUCAUGAGCUUGUUCAUUUUGUGGGGAAAUGUUAUCAUUAGAACCCGCAGCUUCUCGUUUAUAUACAUUCUUAUCACAAGUCGGGUAGAACAGACAACAAUGCGCUGCUCGUUUAUAUAUUCUUAUCUGACCUUGUCCUGGGUUAUGUGACCUACACUGCUAUGAAGAUUGUUCUUCAGCU